AUGUUGCUCCUACAAAUACUGGUUAUAGCAUGUGCUGUUAUUGGCCCAAGUUCCUCUCUACCGAUGCAUCCAGAGCCGGCUCAAGCAGCAGCCCAUUCAGGAAGUUUGCAUCAGAAUACGGGUGGACCGAUGCAUCCAGACGAAUUCCGCAUUAACAUCGAUGAUCCCGCUGGUGCUCCCGCGGCAACGCAAGAAAGUCAUAGACCUGAGCCUCACGACUUGGGACAUUCACCCGCAAGCAUCAACAAUCAGGACGGUCGGCGUGGAGGUCAUCAGUCUCAUUUAGAUUCCCAAAUCGCCCAAAUUCUGCAUCGAAAACGAUUGACAAACCGUCGGUUGCACCGUGCAGCACUCUUUCCUGCUUGGAUAACUUUUUCGUGUUAUAUGUACAUGACCACAUUCGGGCCCCACGCCUGUACCGAGGCAGCGCGAAAAAGUGCCAAUAUUAUUUUAGUAGAAGAUGUUCUUUUGGCUCUUAUUGCUUCCCUUUUAGUUUAUCUCUCUAGUGCUCUUUUCUCCUCAUAUGCUGCAACAAGAACACUAUCGAUUUGA